AUGCCCGAAUUCUGCAAACACUAUUUAUUUGGAGGGUAUUAUCAAUGUUCAAGCAAAUCGAGAAUUCCAGCCUGGAAGAUAUGUGACGGAAUAGCUGAUUGCGAAGGAGGAGAAGAAGAAAUCAAAUGUCCACGAAGAUUUUAUUGCGAAGGGAAUAAGCCAAUAAACGUACCUGACCACAAAGUCUGCAACCUUCAAAAAGACUGUGAAGAUUCUAGCGAUGAAAUGAACUGCCAUGAAACAACUCACUUUUACUGCAAUGACACAGGAGAUGUUAAAUUCAUCUCUAAAAAUGAGAUAUGUGACGGGAGUCAAGAUUGUAAAAGUGGUAGAGACGAAUGUCUUCCUGAAUGCAUUGUCAGUGCAUUUUCUGACACUAAUUCAAUGAUCAGGAAUAAGUUAGUGCUUGCCACUGUAUGGGUGACAAGUUAG